UGUUGCGAACAGUUCAUAUUUGGUGGUUUGAUCAAGUAGAGUAAAGAUUUUAAUUUUAUUGUGAAGUGUUGAAAUUCCCAGUGAUAGCAGGAUGCGAUCAGUCCUGUUGGUUUUGGCGAGCACUCUCGCGCUAAGCUUUGCUAAUCCGAUCUGGUGGCCGGAACUGUGCCCGGUAGGAGCCCCCCAGUCACAUAAGCCGCACGAGAAUGAUUGUUGCUUGUUCUACACGUGCAACAGCGGAUGGGCAUAUCUGAUGAACUGUCCCCAGAACCAACACUUCUGGGCAGCGGCUCAACGGUGUGAAUAUCCAGCGACUGCCCAAUGUACGCUUCCGCUUUCGUCCUGUACUGGAGCACCUCCAGCUCCCGCCACCACCACUACCACAACGCCAGCUCCAAUUGUGCCAACAACUACUACAACAACUCCAGCACCAGUAACGACAACAACUCCGGUGCCAACGACAACAACUCCUGUGCCAACCACAACGACUCCGGUUAUACCGGAAGCACCCACUCCAGCCCCGACCGCAGCACCCACAACAACGACUCCAGCGCCCACUCCCGCUCCCACCCCAGCACCGACGACAACAACUCAGGCGCCCACAACCUUGGCUCCGACGACGACUCCCAUCAUUCCGGAAGCCCCCACCCCUACUCCGGUGAUUCCGGAAGCUCCAACUCCGGGAACCACCACGGUAGCCUCGACCACCACCGUAGCAGGCCCUGUUACCACACCGGAUGCCGCGGUUCCAACGGUGGAAACCGUCCCGCCACCAACGGUCGAAACCGUCGCAUACUAGACUCGACCCUUCCAAAUCCAUCAACUCCGCAAACAAGUAUCAUAAUUAGGAGCAUUCGGUAGCACCUCGAGCGGCAAUCGGAAUAAACCUCCAGUGAUCCAGUGGUUGUUACUACUGUAAUCGAUGACACCGUUUUUUAUUAGUACUAAUAAGUAGAUAAGAUAUCCCCAGCGGGCUGCCGUCUGCUAUUCAAUAAACUCAUUAUCAAUAGUGGUAAAACGAUGAAUUUUUCGUCCAACAGCGCAAUUAAAGUCGUCAUUAAAGAUUUCCUGUUCUCACAUGA